CCCCUGUAAUGAGUCCCCAAGCAGCCACCCCUCCAACCGAGAGUUUCAGUCCCCCGGCACAUCAGCCUAAAUCCCCACCCAUCAAGUCCACACCAUCAUUCACCAUUCCAGUCAUCCACCUCCCUGAUCUUCAGAGUGAAGGCACUACUGAAGAAGAACACCACAGCCCUGCUCCCACUUCACAACCCCUUCCUGUGACCCCAGAGCCCCUCCCAGGCACAGUGAAGAGCAUCCGCAACAGACUGGCUCGCCUCAGCAGCGGCAGCGUCCGCCUAGAGCACGACGACCUGGUGGAGCUUCCUCAACGAAACACCUCUGAGAGAGAGAGUCCUCUCAAGGACCUUCAUAAUUUGUUUCCAGGGGAGCUGGCAGGUCUGGACUCCCCCCUGGCCUCCUCCUUUCUCCUGCUGGGUGAGUCUGUGGACUUCUCCCUGGAACUGAUGGAUAAAACAAAAAGCAAGGUGUUCCUGAUGGCACGGCAGUACAGCCAGAAGAUCAAGAAAGCCAACCAGUUGCUGCGCAUGAGGAGCAUGGACCCUGGAGACUCUUGUAGUGGGACCAGAGCUGAGAAGAAGCAGAAAGACUUGGCAGCCAUCUUAGAGGAGAAGAAACAACGGGGAGCAGCCAUAGGUGCAAGAAUAGCAGAGUACUCCAAGCUCUAUGACCAGGUAAUGCUUAAGGAUCCUCCUAGCCCUGCUGGUCAGACCUCCGCUACCCCACACCACACACAUCCAGGGCUGCCGUCCUCCUCAUCCAUGCCAGAGACCACCCUGGAGGAGGACUGGCUCCACUCAACGUACAGCAACGGAGAGCUGGCCAGCUUUGUCUCCUCAGCCAGCAAGGUGGGGGAUGCUCGAGCGUCGUCCACCCCGCAGCGAAGACUAACAUCUGCCUGCUUCAUCCCUUCUCUCAAAACUUUCCCUCCUCCACCGACCACCCCGCCUUCCCAGAGGUGGAGUUGGUGCAUGUCGGCGCCAAGCGAGAAAGAGGAGCACGUGUACAGUUCCAUUAAGAGACACCGUCUUCGCCCCCCUCUGAAGUCUUCACCAUCCGGUCACUGUCAGUCGGUCAGCUCUCUGGGAAGCCAGCAGCAGGAGAACAAAAACCAGUCUGAACUAAAAUGUGACAGACCCACUAUGGAUCGAUCCACAGACAGACUUCAUGGCCCUAGUCUGGGCCGAGCUGGCCGACAGAGUAGCCUCCCAGAGCGGCCUACCCAGAGACCGUCAGACCUCACCUUACACGACGGUCAACAGGUGGUGGUGCUGAAUCGGGCGUCUGCACUGAGCAUACACGCCACCCAGAACUACCUGGCCAACUUCAAGGACAAUGGGGAAGAUGACGAUGACUAUGUUGAGAUCCGCUCAGAGGACGAGAGCGAACAGGAGCACGACAGGUUGGCGCAGAGAAAUGGCAGCUCAGCGGUUCUUUCCAAUCAGAAUCGGACUCUUGUCCAGUCCCAGAGUCUGCCGUGCACCCCGGUGCGCUCCUGUGACCCGCUGAGGUCUCUAGACCGUGAGCAUUUGGAGAAAAACCUGUGGAGCGAGCCGCAGCAGAGCCAACCCAACAUUGUCCAGUCUCUGAGGGAGAAGUUUCAACGUCUGAGUUCCAGUAGCUUUGCCUGAAGCUACACAACAACUAAAAGCCAAAUAUAUACAUUAACAUACAGCAUGUAGAAACAAGAGGGGCACUGCUGCUUUGCAUUGAAUACAUCAUACAUCAUACACCACAAACAAAAACAAAUAUUACACGUUAUUAAAGGUAACAGACAUCUCAA